UUGCUUGUGUGUGCUGCGGUGCAGAACAACAGCAGCGCUUGCACGAGAAAGACCCGUUUUCGGUCCGUCGAAGAGCAGAAAAAAAAAGCGAAUUUGAGGUUGUGUUUCCAGUCUUGUGUCGCUGUCUUGUCGAGAAAAUCUGUGCAGAAAAAUGGCUCUCCACGUCCCGAAAGCACCCGGUUUCGCUUCCAUGCUCAAGGAAGGCGCUCGCGCUUAUUCCGGCUUGGAGGAAGCAGUGUACCGUAACAUCAACGCCUGCAAAGAGUUUGCCAGUUCGGUUCGCUCGGCGUAUGGCCCAAAUGGCAUGAACAAGAUGAUCAUCAAUCACAUCGAGAAGCAGUUCGUCACCUCGGAUGCGGGAACAAUCAUGAGGGAACUGGAUGUGGAACAUCCGGCGGCCAAAUUGAUGAUCCAGGCAAGCCAGAUGCAGGAAGCGGAAGUUGGGGAUGGCACAAACUUCGUGGUGGUGUUCUGCGGAGCAUUGCUGGAGGUUGCGGAGGAGCUUCUAAGGCUGGGAGUGACCACCAGUGACAUUACCGAGGGGUACGAGAAAGCGCUGGACAAGGCACUGGAGAUUCUGCCAAAGCUGGUGUGUCACGAAGUGAAGGAUUACCGGAAUCAGGAGUUGGUGAAGGAAGCCAUCAGGGCCUCGAUCAUGUCCAAGCAGUUGGGCAACGAGGACUUCAUUACCGAUUUGAUUACCCAGGCGUGUGCUUCGAUUCUGCCGGAGAAGACCACUUUCAAUGUGGACAACAUUCGGGUGUGUAAGAUUUUGGGAAGCGGAUUGCACACUUCCGAGGUCAUUCAUGGAAUGGUGUUCAAGAGAUUCGUCGAGGGCGAAAUCACUUCAGCCAAGGAGGCAAAGAUUGCUCUGUAUUCCUGCCCGGUGGACAUCAUCCAGACGGAAACGAAGGGAACCGUCCUGAUUAAGAGCGCCGAUGAGCUGAAGAGCUUCAGCAAGGGAGAGGAGAAUCUCCUGGAGACGCAAAUCAAGGCGAUUGCCGAUACCGGAGCGAAGGUUAUCGUAGCCGGGGGAAAGUUCGGAGACAUGGCCCUGCACUACAUGAACAAAUACGGUUUGAUGGCGGUCCGUUUGAACUCGAAGUUUGACCUGCGCCGAUUGAGCAAGGCGGUCAAUGGAACCGUGUUGCCCCGUUUGACUCCCCCAAGCACGGAAGAACUUGGCUACUGUGACAAUGUGUUCGUGAACGAAUUGGGAGAUACCUCGGUUUGCAUUUUCCGGUCGGAAGGAUCGGAUAGCCGUAUUGCUACCAUUGUGAUCCGUGGUUCCACCGACAACUACAUGGACGAUAUCGAGCGUGCAAUCGAUGACGGAGUCAACACUUUCAAGGGUCUCACACGUGAUGGUCGCUUCCUGGCCGGAGCUGGAGCCGUGGAAAUCGAAUUGGCUCGGCAGCUAGCUGAAUACGCGGACACCCUUCCUGGAUUGGAUCAGUACGCCGUUCGCAAAUUUGCAGUUGCUCUGGAAGCAUUCCCUAAGGCGCUGGCAGAAAACAGCGGUGUGAACGCCACCGAGAUUGUCAACAAACUCUAUCUGGCCCACAAGGAAGGCAAGCUGAACGAGGGCUUCGACAUUGAUGCCGAGCAGCCGUCCACGAUCGAUGUGACCAGCACCAAAAUCUACGACCUGUUCCAGACCAAGUACUGGGGCCUGAAGUACGCCGUGGGGGCCGCGUGUACGAUCCUGAAGGUGGACCAGAUCAUCAUGGCCAAACGGGCCGGUGGACCGAAACCGAGAGCCGGUGGGGCGAAUAGCGAUGACGAAUCGUAAGAAGUCCCUCGUCGUUUGUCUGCUUAUUAUUCUCUAUAAACUAUAAUUAUUACUACCUACAUUAACCGCCUUAACAGUUUAUGGUAUCGUCAAAGAAGAUUGUAUAACAUUUUGCGGUAAUCCACUUCGCGGUGUACCAUUUCGCGGUUUGUCAUUUCGCGGCACGACAUUUCGCGGUUAGUACCAUUUGGCGAUAUGUCAUUUCGCGGUCAGUACCAUUUCGCGGUAUACUGUUUCGCGGUUUGUACCGAAAUGUUUCAUAUAUCUUAACAGAGCAAUUUGAAGAACUGCAAGUAUUCAAAAGAAGGGUAAAUCUCCGAUGAAAAUAUUAUUGAUGAUAAUGCCAACAAUUUUCAGUGCAACUCGUAGGAAAAACCACACCGCGAAAUGGUAUAGACUGCGAAAUGGCAUACCGCGAAAUGGUACUAAUCGCGAAACGGUAAACCGCAAAAUGAUACACACCGCGAAAUGGUACACCGCGAACUUGUUGACCGCGAAAUGGUUAACCGCGAAAUGUCGGACAACCGUCAAAGAACAGCAACAACAUUCACUCGUACGUUUGCAUAUUUAUAAGUAGCGUUCUCACCCUUGGCUCAUUUCGGAAGUUUUCCUCUUUCGUUUCUACCUUUGUGCUUUUCUUAUAAGCUUGUAAGCUGCUGCGGCUGGCUAGAAUUCAAAUCAUUAAGUUCACACAUAAUACACACGUUCGUUCCAGGAGGAUGAAAACCAUCACUUGAUAUACUA